GAUUCCCUGCACCCCGGAUUCUCCGUCAUCCUCUAGGUCACCGCCUCCGGAGGUUUCCCAAGGUGCUGACAAAAGCCAACCAUCUCCGCAUGUGUCCUCCCUGCCGUGAGAAGGUGUUGGCGCCCCGGCGAUCCGCAGAGACCCAAGGUGGGCGCGGGCGCGGGCAGGGCCCAGAAGGACGGACCUGCCAAACCUGCUCCUCUCGUCGGCUGCUGAGCCAGAGGGAGUCUCAGGUCAGCCAAGCUCCUCCGCGACAAGGAAGGCCAAGGGCAUGGCGACGUCCCCAGGAGAGCAGGCUCUGUGGCCACCACCCUUCCCUCCCAGCGUCCCGGGGUGCCCAGCCAUGGCGGCACUGCGCCGCACCGAGUCCACACUGACGGCUCUGGACGAGGAGACGCUGUGGGAGAUGAUGGAGAGCCACCGCCACAAGAUCGUGCGCAGCAUCUGCCCCAGUCGCCUCACCCCCUACCUGCGCCAGGCGAAGGUGCUGGACCAGCUGGACGAGGAGGAGGUGCUGCACAGCCCCACGUUCACCAACACCGUCAUGCGAGUCGGGCACUUACUGGACUUGCUGAAGACUCGAGGGAAGAAUGGAGCCAUUGCCUUCCUGGAGAGCCUGAAGUUCCACAACCCUGACAUCUACACCCUGGUCACUGGGCUGCAGCCCCAGGUGGACUUCAGCAACUUCAGUGGGCUCAUGGAGACGGCCAAGCUGACCGAGUGCCUGGCCGGGGCCAUCGGCAGCCUGCAGGAGGAGCUGAGCCAGGAGAAGGGGCAGAAGGAGGCGCUGCUGCAGCGCUGCCGGCAGCUGCAGGAGCGCCUGGGCCAGGCCGAGGCCCACGCGCAGAGCCUGUGCCAGCUGGAGGCCGACCACGACCGCAUGAAGCGCGAGGUCAGCGCCCACUUCCACGAGGUGCUCAAGCUGAAGGACGAGAUGCUCGGCCUGUCCCUGCACUACAGCAACGCGCUGCGCGAGAAGGAGCUGGCCGCCACGCGCUGCCGCAGCCUGCAAGAGGAGCUCUACCUGACGAAGCAGGAGCUGCAGCGCGAGAAGAUAUCUUCCUCCCAUGAGCGGGAAUCCCGAGAGCGGUCCCUGCAGGUGGCCGGAGGCCUGGGGCCUGGGGACAGGGAGCUGAGCCGCCUGAAGGAGGAGAAUGAGAAGCUCCGGUCGCUGACAUUCAGCCUGGUGGAGAAGGACAUUCUGGAGCAGAACCUGGACGAGGCCCUGGAGAGCAAGCAGGAGCUGGUGGACCGCAUCCACUCUCUGAGGGAGCGGGCUGUGGCCGCCGAGAGGCAGCGCAAGCAGUUCUGGGAGGAGAAGGAGCAGACCCUGCUCCAGUUCCAGAGGACGAAGGUGGACUGCGACAUCUACAAGGAGAGGGUGACCGCCCUGCAGAGCCAAUUGCUCCAGCUGCAGAAAGAGCGGGACCAGGCCUACUCCGCCAGGGACGCAGCCCAGAUGGAGAUCGCUCAGAACCUGACGGAGAAGGACGCCCUCCGCAGGAAAGUGUUUGAGCUGACAGACCAGGUCUGUGAGCUGCGCCAGCAGGUCCACAAGCCACAGGCCGAGUCCCUGCAGGGGCAGCCUAAGCAGGAAGCCGGCGCCAGGGAGCCCUGUCCGAAGGGGAAGCAGCGGCUCGUGCGCAUGUUCGCCAUCUGCCCGCGGGAUGACAGUGACUACAGCUGCCCCAGCUCCACUGAGUCUCAGCUCUGCUCCGACCUGAGUGCCACGUCCAACCGUGAGCUGGUGGACAGCUUCCGCUCCAGUAGCCCCAGGCCUCCCAGCCUGCAGUCCCUGUACAAGCGGGUCACAGACGACUUCUGGGAAGACCCUUGGUCUUUCAGCGGCUUCCCAGAAACCUUGCAGGUGGACCAGGGGCCCUCCCCGGGGGCGAAGGCAGGUGAUGCAGACUUGGAUUACGAGAUUGUAGACAGGGCAGACCUUCCUGAGUGUGAGAGCAGCCUGCAGCCAUUCUCCGGGGGCCUGACCACCUCGUCCAGCAGCGUCCCCGUGCGGAGGAGGCCGGCCCGCAAGAUCCUGAGCCAGGUCACCGUGCUGGCCUUCCAGGGGGACGCGUUGCUGGAGCAGAUAAGCGUCAUUGGUGGCAACCUCACGGGCAUCUUCAUUCACCGGGUCACCCCUGGCUCAGCGGCGGACGAGAUGGCCCUGCGCCCCGGCACCCAGAUCAUGAUGGUGGAUUGCGAGGCCACAGAGCCCUUGUUCAAAGCCACCUUGGAGGACACAACCCUAGAGCAAGCGGUUGGACUCCUCCAGAGGGUCAAUGGCUUCUGCUGCCUGUCCGUGAAGGUCAACAUGGAAGGUUAUAAGAAGUUGGUCCAGGACCUGGAGGCCAAAGUGGCUACCUCAGGGGAUUCCUUCUACAUCCGGGUCAACCUGGCCAUGGAGGCGCGGGCGGAGGGGGAGCUGCAGGUGCGGUGCAAUGACAUCCUGCACGUCACCGACACCAUGUUUCAGGGCCGGGGCUGCUGGCACGCCCACCGCGUGGGGCCCUACAGCACGACGGGCGCCGAACAUGGCACCAUCCCCAACUACACACGGGCUCAGCAGCUGCUCAUCGCCCUCAUCCAGGACAUGGCUCAGCACACCACCAUCGCCCGCAAGCAGUCCUCCGGGGGACCCCAGAAGCUGGUCCGCAUCGUCAGCGUGGACAGAACCAAGCCCAGCCCUGUGCGCUCAUCCUUCGAUGGGACCCCGCCGCAGCCCAGCAGGCUGGAAGAGCCCUACACCGCGUGCUUCUGGGCCGAGAGCUGCUUCACCCUGGUGCCCUACACCCUGGUACACCCCCACAGGCCCAGCCAGCCCCGGCCCGUGCUCUUCGUGCCCAGCGUGGCGGGGAAGAUCCUGAGCGAGAAGCUGUGCCUCCUCCGAGGGUUUAAGAAAUGCCCAGCAGAGUAUUUGAGCCAGGAGGAACACAGUGCCUGCAGCCAGAGAGGGGACAUCAUCCAGGAGCGGGAGGCUUCCGGUGGCCACUACUGCGUGACCCGCCGGGCUGUGGAGUCCCUUAUGGAAAAGAACACCCACGCCCUCCUGGACGUCCGGCUGGACAGCGUCUGUGCCCUGCACAGGAUGGAGAUCUUCCCCAUCAUCAUCCACAUCCCCAUCAACGAGAGGGCGGCAAAGAAACUCAAGAAGGUCCUGCAGCGGCUCAGCACCUCCGAGGAGCAGCUCCUGGAGGCGGGCAGGCAGGAGGAGGGCCAGCUGGACCGAGUGCCCUGUCUCUACGGCAGCCUGGCCCCCGACAGCUGGAGUGACCUGGAAGGCCUGCUCGGCUGUGUCCGCGUGGCCAUCGCAGACGAGCAGAAGAAGGUUGUGUGGACAGAGCAGAGCCCCCGCUGAUGCCCCCGGCGUCCCCUCUGAGUCCCUGUGGUUUGAGCUCAGAGCCUCUCAGGCACAGCCUUGGGGCGCUCACCCGACAAGCCCAGCCCUCCGGGCAUCGGCUCCCCUCUCCCAUUGGGGUCCAACUUUGAACCCACAAUACAUGCAGGUCACAGAUGAACACACUCGAACCAUCUGCCCACUUUGUGCAAACGGUCUCCUCCUCCUACGAGGCUUGGUUGCCGUGUUCUGAACCAGAGGUCCCGAGAACACUUCUGUGGUGGAGGCAUGUCCUGCGCCCCCCCCCCCCAAGAGCAGGAGGCCCCAGAUGUCUCCAGAAAACCACUAGUCUGACCCAAAUCUUCCCUUUUGCAUUUCAGUGUGCCAAGGGGCUUGUUCUAAAGCCACUGAGGCAGCAGGCUAGUAGCCCUGGUGCCCCCCAAAGUCACUACCCCCCUUGCCCAGAGCAGAGGUGCAAACCCCCUUGUGAUCCUGGCGAACUUUCUCAGCUUCUGAUGGCUGAGACGUGCUUCAGGGACUCAAGUUUAGGAAGUACUAACUGGGUUAAGUACACCUAAGUUUAGGUGUACAAACUGGGACACGGGGUUUCCCAGCAAUGGAAACAGUACUUGCAGUGGGUUUGUGCCUGGUGGCCACCGUACCUGGUUCAGGGACCCAGGCCCCCCCCCGACCUGGCUUUGCCUCCCACAGUGGUGGACUGAAUGUCAUCUUGGCACCAGCGGCCCGGAUCUGAGAGCCUCAGGAAGCUGCUCCGGAAUUCAGGCUGGCAUUACCAUAAACAAGUUCAGAAAAUGAACUUCUAUAUUAUUUUAUUCAAAUAAAAAGCUUUUACCGUG